AUGGACCCUUAUCCACAUCGAGAGAACGUCGACAUUUUGCGGCUGCCCACGCGCCGAGGCACCGAAAUCGUGGCCAUGUACAUCAGGUACCCUUUGGCCGCCACCACUCUUCUGUAUUCGCACGGAAACGCUGCUGAUAUCGGUCAGAUGUACGAGCUCUUCAUCGAGCUCAGUAUUCACCUCCGCGUCAAUUUGAUGGGGUUAGUUCCUUUUUUUGUUGUUGUUCUAUCCCAUUCUCUCGAGGUGGAUUUGAAUUUCCCAGAUCAGAAUUCGGCUCAGGAUCUUGCUGAUAUAUUCCUUGAUUCCAAAAAUGCUCUGCUUUCUGGAUUUGUGCAACAAGGUGACAAAAAAGUAGUUUUGAGUUUUGAGAUGAUUGAAUUUGAUAUUUUGGUAGAUAAGCAUAGUUCUGGUUGCGUUGUUUACAUCAACUGGUAUGACUAUUCAGGGUAUGGCCAAUCAUCAGGGAAGCCCAGUGAACAAAAUACUUAUGCUGAUAUCGAGGCUGCUUACAAAUGUCUGGAAGAAAAUUAUGGGGCAAAGCAGGAGAACAUUAUCCUCUAUGGCCAAUCUGUUGGUAGUGGUCCAACAGUCGACCUAGCUGCACGCCUGCCUCGACUAAAAGCUUCCAUUCUCCAUAGUCCAAUUCUCUCAGGGCUUAGAGUUAUGUACCCCGUUAAGCGAACUUAUUGGUUUGACAUAUACAAGAACAUUGACAAAAUCUCGCUGGUGAGGUGUCCGGUCCUCGUGAUUCAUGGAACGGCGGAUGAUGUGGUUGACUUCUCGCAUGGGAAGCAGCUCUGGGAGCUCUGCCAAGAGAAAUAUGAACCGCUAUGGCUGAAAGGAGGAAACCAUUGUGAUCUUGAACUCUUUCCCGAGUACAUUGGCCAUCUCAAGAAGUUUGUGUGCGCUGUGGAGAAAUCCGCAUCGAAAAGAAACAGUUCUUUCUCAAGGAGAAGCAUGGAAGGGUGUGAACAGCCUCCUCGGCAUAGUGUAGAUGCACCAAGGAAGAGCAAGGACGGACGAGAAAAGCCGAGGAAAAGCAUAGACAGGCUAAGGUUUCAGGGAUACAAGUUGAGCCACAUAGAGAGACCAGAGAAGCUGAAGGUUCCAUUUGAGGAGAUGGAGAGGUCGAGGAGAAGUGUGGACAUAUACAGAGACAAGUCUCAGCCGAUGGAGAGAGCACGCAAGAGCGUGGAUUGGUUGGACAGAAGUCGAAUUACCGAAUGA